AUGCAGGAACCCCCGCAACUCCAACAGCUGCUGCAGUUUGGCGGGUGCGUGACAGAUCCUCAGCAGCACAAGGUGGUGCCCCUCCCUCGCCCUGUUUUCGUCUUCCCUCCUCCUCUGUACCAAACGCCGCCCCUGCAUGUCCGUCCUGCCGCAGAGACGCAGCUGCAGCUACACUAUCGCAGUGCCGCUUCUUUGCUGCUGCUGCACCUGCAUGCCAGGGAUGCAGCAGCAGCAGCGGCAGCAAACGCAACAGCAGAGCAGGCAGUGGCGGUGGCAGUGCCAGCAGCCUCUGGGUGGCGCUAUUCGUUGACCUACCUCGAUGGACUAAGCUCCUUAGCCGCACUGCAGCAGGCGGAUGCCUGUGGAGGCUUCGCCGCAGCAGCCAAGCCAUCAGCAGCCCAUCCAGAGAAGGCCACAGCAGCUGAAACAUCCCUACCCUUAUUCGCCGCUGCAGUGUGGAUUGACGCAUGGCCUUUGCUGCAGCAGCAUGCAGCCCUGCAACAGCGAAACCGCCUGUCUCUGCAGCUCGCUCUGAUUUUCGCUGCGCUACUUCUCGGCCAGCAGCAGCACCAGCACCAUCAACUGCUGCUGCUGCUGGAGCUGCUGGAUCUUUUACUUCAAGGCGACAGCAGUUUCUGUUGCAGCGCUCUUUGCAGCCUUCUCGUAACUCCCCAGCCUCUCUUGCUCUGCUGCCGCAGCACGAUAGCGCAACACUUGUUGCCGCUUUUCUUGGGGGCCCACUACCGCAGGGGAGCCCACAGAGCUGCCUGGCUGCUGCUGCAGCACGCCUACACUCUGCAUGCGACGCCGCCACUGCCCGCUGCAGCAGCAGCAGCACGGCUGCUUCGACGCCAGCACGCAGCCACAGCAAGCGAGCACGUCAAGGGAAGCGCAGAGUACCUGCCUGCUGCAGCAGCGGCGGCAGCUGCUGCAGCUGCGGGGGCAGCAGGGAGUGGCGAUAUCUCUGCAACUGCACACUGUCUUACUGUGCUUCGGAUGCUCCGGCGCCACGAAGAGACUGCUGCUUUUAUAUCGGGUUGCCCUCCCUUAGCCGCUGCCGUCUUCCUGGUGUCUCUGCGACUCUUGUCAGCGGCAGCUGCAUCAGGGAGUGUGUUGCUCCUAUGCAGGGAGGCGGAGCAGCUGCUGUUGCUGCUGUGGCGCUGUCGCAGCAGCAGAGUAGCCUGCCUGCUUUUAGGAGGCGCCCUUACGGUUUCCACACUGGGGGAUGUCAGCAGAGUAAGGCUCGUAAGAGCAGAAAUCUGGCCUGUGCUGCUGCAGCCCCCUGAUGCUGCGACAGCCACGCAGCUGCUUGCUGCGAGGCCUUGUAGCGACAGCAGAGGGAGCAGCAGCUGCUGCAGUGGUGGUGGUGGUGGAUUUUGCGAGAGCCUCACGUGCUGGAAGGGGUGCUGCAUGGUCGCAGCAGUUCCGAGUGGUCAACUGAAAGACACCUCUUCAACGGACGUAGGUGCGAAGAACGACGGUGGAGGUUGUGGCAGCACCAGCAGCAGCAGGAGGGCUUCUGUAGGGGAGGCACCGCUCCUUGCGUGGCUCAUGUGUUGCCCACCGUCCCCACGCCUGACGGAGUUGCUGCUGCCUCCAGAGCUGUUGCAGUCGUUGGUGCACCUGCUGCAGCAGGAGACGAGGCAGCAGCGAUUGGUCCUCCAGCAGCUGCAGCAGCAACUCGGAGCUGGAUCGAACAGCUUCUUCGGACUCGCUGGUGCUGCUGCUGUGGCGCUUUCUGCAGGCAGCAAAGAGGGCUUGCUGCAGCGAGAGUGGUUCGUGUCUCGGUGGAUGCCUACAGAAUGCUGCGUGGCUGCUGCAGCCGCAACUGCGGAAAGCAUGCAGAGCAGCAAGGCGCCGUGGUGGGCCUCCUUUGUUGGUGACGUCGCAGCACAAGUGCUGCUGUGGUGCUCUACGGCUUGUAGUCUCUCGCCUAGCGUGGCAGGGGGCGUGCAGGGGCCUUCUUUUCUUCGCCAGCUCCAGCAUGCGCAGCAGCAGCAGCACGAAGACACGGCGGCGCCAGGCCAGAAGAAGCCAGCCGAGGAGGCUGCUGCAGGGGAGUCGGUAACAGCGCCAGCAGGGGCAGCACAGGCAGCGGGAUAUGAGCAGCUGCAGCUCUGCUGUGGCGCACUGCCCGUGUUACAGCAGCUACAGCAUGCAACGGAGAGGCUUCCUGGGCCUUACGCAUAUCUCUGCCUGCUUGCACAGCGUCAACAGUUGUGUCUCCGCUGGCUGUUGUUUGCGGCUGCUGCUGCCCCCCUGCCUACAGCUGCUGCAUUGUAUCCAUGGUGCUGCAGCACGCGCACUUGGAGCGAGGCGACUCUGCAGUUGAUGAGGGCUUUGCAGCAGCCACACAAAAAGCCCAAGAGGAUCCUCUUGGGCGGCUCCACAUGCAGCCUUCCUCUCCCUCCGGAUGCGUUUGUAAGAGAUGCCGUGCUGCUGCCCACGCUGCAGUUCGUGUCGCUCUUCUACCCAGGCGGAGUCUCCAGAGAGACUGACAGAGCUGGGAGCUGCGGAGAGAAAAGCAAGACUGCGGCGCAAGAAGGAAAGGACGCAGGGGGUCUCUCCGCUGCUGCCGGGGUGUCUAAUACGGCAGCAGCAAUAGCAGCGGCAGGAGGCGGAGUUGCCUCGUUGCUGCCAGUAGCCAUUCCGUUGCUGCAGCAGCUGCAGCAAGGCUGCAACAACAACAGCAGCUGGGUGGCUUCCUUCGUUGAUUUUCUCUCACUGCUGCUGCAGCACUGGGCCCCAUCAGCGACCCCGUUGUUUGUGGCUUCUGUUUCAGCCGCUUUUGCCGCUAUAGCAUUGUUACAGCUGCUGCUCCAACCAUCUCAGCUGUUCCUGGGUAACGCGAAGGCUGCUUCUGGCAACGUGCAGCCGCCUCGUGCUUCAUCGGCAGGUGCCGCUGCAACGUGGGAAAAAGCGACACUCCCAGACACUGCAGGAGAACCGGGAGCUGCACCCACAAGUGCAGCCCACGCAGCACAGGCCCUUCUCAACUGGGGUGUCUCGCUGUCCGUUUACUGCAGUAGCCAUUUACUCAAUUGGGUAAUUCUAGAGCGAGGAGGCUAUGCUGUCCGCGUGGGCUUGUGCAGUAAAAGCAACCGCACGGGUCCAUUUCGGGUGUACAUACACCCCGACAAGUGCAGCACGAUGCAUGGAGCCACGCAGCUACCCCUUUCCCCUCUGCUGACCGGUGCCCUUCUGCAGUCGCAAAUGCUCGUGCUAAUGGUGCUGCAGCAUCCAGAACGCUACGGCUACUCUCUCCCCGGAAAGCUAGGCACCUUAAGCAGCGCCAUCAACUCGCUAGCGAGCGCUGCCGCUGGAGGGCCGCCCUCCGUGCAACAAGUGCAGCAGGAACCGUCGAUGGUCACAGGUCUUAAGGAGCUGCAGCACAACUUCCACCUACCGCAGGACCAGCCGCAGCCAGAAUUUGUUGCGCAAAGUGCAGCGUGGCGCAGGCUGUUGCAGCGUCAAACCUGCAACCUCUUAGGCCCGUCCGCUAAUCCCUACACAGUGGUACAGGAGCACCGACAGCAAGAACUUCCCGCGACGCCGCCUCCAGGGGUGCUUGCUGCUACUGCUGCUGCUGCUGCUGCUGCCGUGCGUCCUCCUGCGAGUGCAGCGGUGCUGCCUCAUCGAGAGCUCCUUGCAUGGAUCCACAGAGGAGACGGAGAGGAGGACUGCAACAGCUGCCGCAGCGACGGCGAGCUGCAUCUCCAUUGGGGUGCAGCUGCAGCUCCCGCCUGUCUCUUCACGUCAGCGGCAAGGCCGCAUGCGGGGUUCUGCUGCUGCUGCUGCCUGUCCGCUGCAGCGUGUGCUGCUUGUAGGAGGCGUCAAGGCGACGUCAGCAGCAGCAGCAGCAGCAACAACAAGGAGAAGGAUUUCGCAACGGCGGUGGGCCUUUGCCAUGCCGUGUGCGAAGGUGUUGCUGCGGAGCUUGCUGCCGCAACAGCAGCAACGGCUGCUGCACUGGCUGCUGCCGACGAUAUUUCGCCACACACUGGGGGGGAUGUCUCUGCAGGACGUCGGGAGCUCACCAGACGUUUAGAAGUUUGUUCGGCUGCGGAGCUGUUGCUGCGCUUGACGGCGGAGCAUCACCGGCAGCAGGCGGGGUCGUUGACAGUUGCAGCAGCGACUGCGGCAACCCUGUCUGCUCUGCUGGUUGUCACCCCUGGAGGAACGUCUCAGGCCGCUGCAGAGCCUAGGGGGGGUCUAGUGAAAAGGAGGAGGAUCUAUUGCAACAGCAACCACAGCAGCAGCAAAACGCAUGCUGCAACGACGCACGUAGACGGCAAUGCCUCUCCGCUCCCCCUAAGGACGGAGGCCCUUUGUAGCGGGAUGGUGCUCCUUCUCCUGCACUGGUGGCCAUUCAGCAGCGGGCGGGGGUGUAGCAGCCAGAAGCACUCAGAAACGUCAGUUGCGGCAGCCUUGCCUACUGCGACAGACACCGCUUUGCCUGAGGGUUGCUGUGCGCUCCUCGGGGAAGUGCUGGCGCGACUGGCCCUUGAUACAGCAGCGCCUGUUGGCUGGUGUCUGCUGCAGCUGCUCGCUGCUGCUGCUGCUGCAGUUGCUCGGAACGUGGCUUCAGGGGCAGCCUCAGGAGCCACAAACGCAUGCACCCAGCACCGCGGCUCGAGAGGGGCGGAUGGUGAUUCUUCCGAGUGUCAAGAGUGCAGUGGGAGCACCGCAGCCAGCAAGAGCAACACGUACAGCGAGGGCAGCCUGCAUGCCUCGUCUCGUUUCUUCGAUGCCACAUUUGGCCUUUGGCUCGCGUAUGCGAACGCAGCAGCCGGCAAUCCCCUCACGGGCUGUGGGAGUCAGGAGCGACAGCGGAAGCAGCAGCACCAACAACAAGACCAACUGGAAGCACUCUUGGAAAGAGAUGUGGCAUUAGCAAGGCCCUUCAUACUGGCUAACGCUGUUGCUGACCUCCGUAUGGCACACGAGUCUGAGAGCAGCAGCAGCAGCACCUCCAACAGGAGCCGAUGCAACCUGCCUAGUGACAGGGAGUCUCACCAGAACGCCCUGCGUGGCAGCGCAGGAGGCUCAUGGCUCCCCGCUGCUGUACCUUCUACGUUUGGCCGUUGGAUGCCUCUGAUAGACGAGCAUGAAGACCUCCUAUGCUCGCCUCUCGGUGAUCCGGGAGUUUUCGUUGCCAAGCGCCACACCCUUCCCUGCCACGUUCUUGAAUACUGUGCCUUUGCGUCUCUUCUACGAAGUGGCAGUAGGCAGACGCUUCUGGAUUUGCUGCGCCUUCUCCUGAAGGCCUCUCCCCUUUCAGGGGUACAUGCGGCAGCAGCUGCUGCUGGACUGUGCUGCACCAGUGGGCACCAGCAGCCACGCGAGCCACCGCAGCAGCGACAACUGUCGCUUGAGCUGCCGUCAGAACGUCUAAAACUUCUGCGUCUGAACGCACCAGCACCUACCGCUUUUUCGCAGGAGCCAGCGGCUUCCCCGGGGGUCUCCUGGCGUGGGUUCGUUCUGGGUUGGCGAAUUCUUGGCCGCGAGUUGCUGCUGCUGAAUGCGCCUUUGGCCUUUGUUGAUGCAACGGAUGGGAGCAGCAAGGACGGGGGCCUGGGCGGAUCCUUCGGAGCACCCCCUUGCUGCAGCACUUGUAGCGGCGGCGAGAGCGACAGACAGUGGCUGCUCCGCAUGUGGAAGGCCAUACAACAAGGCUUCAGUCCUUUGGCAUUUCCCAGCGGCAGCAGCAGCGAAUCCGUGGAAGCGCCUCUUGUGCUAUUGCAUCCCCUGCAGCUCCCCCUGGACGCCCCAGCCACGUGUUGCACAGGAGUAGGGGUGGGCAGUGCACCGUCGGCUGCCCUCCUAAGGGCCCUCGAAGAAGUGAAAGAUAGUGCCAUCCGCAUGCUGCUGCAGCUACCUGCCGCAGAAGCAAGAGUGACAACAGCCUUGUUUCAGCAGCAGAAGCCGGCGGGGAAGCACCAGCAGCACGUGCUUCAGUGGGCCGUGCAGAAUCCAGGGGCCGUGCUCCAUGUCUGUAAUGAAGUGCUGGGGGAUCUACAAAGGGCCGCUCCGGAGCGAUGGCAGCAAGUUUCAGCGGGAGCAGUAGCACUUCACGUGCCGCUUCACUCUCUGCUACCUGUGCUGCUUCAUGGAGGCCCCCAUCCCCUUCUGGUCGGACCGCUUUUGUGGUUUGUCUUGCUGCUGGGGCUCUUGGCUGCUGCAGGCUCUUCCUCCGACUUGCUAUUGAUACCGCCGCGCAACAACACUGGCAGCAGCAAUGCGAGCAGCAGCAGCGAGGCGUCUGACUGUCCUUGUGGUGCUGCUGGAUCCCCUGUGGACAGCCUCGCAGAUAUUGCUUGGAGCCUUCUCCUCAUUUGGUUUGAAAGAACUCCAUGGCUUCUGCUGCACGCGUUUCGUUGUCUCAAGAGGCUCCCUCGGAGCAGUGGGCAUAAGCAGCAGCAGCAGCCCCAGGUGUUUUCUGCAGGAAAGGAAAACAGCGGAAGCCCCCUACCCUGGCCCACGCUGCGGACAAGUUUUGGUUCCUUCUGUUCUCGCCGUUCCGUUCUUGGUCGUAUGAUGCGGCUUCCCUCUAUUUUCGCCUUGAGGGCACCCCUGGGGGCAGGUGUAAGCGGUGGACGGACCCCACUUCAGCUGCCCUUUUGCCUAGCAGAAUCUUUUGCUCAGUUACUUGAACUAGCAUAG